GAAUCUAUCCAGCCGCAUCUUUAUUAGUAUUAUAACAAAGUCAAAAUAUCUCUGAAUACUUUAAUUAUCAGUAUUGGCUUUAUAUAUAAAACAACACUUUAUUUAUUCAACGUCUCGAUCAUAUCUUAGAGAGGAGAAGAAGAAGAAGAAGAAAAAUAAAAGAAAUGAUGAAGACGAAAAGUGAAGUGUUGAUCUUUUUCUUCACUCUAGUAUUGCUUUUAAGCAUGGCUUCAAGUGUUAUUUUAAGAGAAGAUGGUUUUGCUCCUCCUAAACCAUCUCCCACCACACAUGAGAAAGCAAGUACUAAAGGUGACAGAGAUGGAGUAGAGUGCAAGAAUUCAGACAGUGAAGAAGAAUGUCUUGUGAAGAAAACAGUAGCUGCUCACACCGAUUACAUCUAUACACAAGAUUUAAACCUAUCUCCUUGAAACAAGAACUAUUACUCUUUGUCUUUUAUUUAGCAAACUAUAUGCAUAAGCCUUUGAAAGGAGCUUCUCGCCCUCAAACUCAGCUCUUCAUGUUCUUUGUUCUUUUUUUCAUAAGCUUCGUUUAAUGUAUCUCCUAAGGGUGUGACGUAGGCAGCAUGGUUUUAGCUGGGCUAUAGACGACCAAGAAACUAACCCUUCGAACAAAAAAACUUAAUUGGGCUUUUGACUUUGGUUUAGGCCCAAAUCGAAGCUUAUGGUCAUCCUGUAACGAAGUAAACAUGCAGAAGGUUAAAACUUAAAAGGAUAAAGAAGAAGUAAAUAUUUUGCUACCAAUCGUUUUCUUUUUCAGUUUUUGCUCUACAUUUGGUUGUUACUAAGCCUUAUUUAAUUUUAUUUUUAUAUUAAAGUACUAUAUAUCAAUGGUUAAUUUUAUGAUAUUUUAACUACUCUAGAG